CUCGAUGCUACCGACUAACCAACUGUCACUCAACUCACGCGCAUUGACGCAUAUUUUCAUCGAUGAUCAUCGGAAAAUUGCGACUAUUAACUCUGUGUCACGGAAAGUGCUUCGAUGUUUUUGCGAAGAUUUUCCAGGAAAAGCGACAGGUCGAUCGUUUGAUCGUUAUUGGAUAGAUGUAAAUCCUCCAUAGUCUUGCGUAGGACGCGCAUAAAUAAAGAAGCGUAUCUAACCGUUCCUUCAAUUACUUAUAAACAUUUCGCUUUGUCGAGCUAUCAAUAUGCCAAUUUUAUACAGUGUGGUAGCUCGUGGGACAAUCAUAUUGGCGAAACAUGCCGCUUGCGUUGGAAAUUUUGAGGAAGUUACAGCUAAAAUCUUGGCUAAGAUACCGCCAGAAAAUGACAAACUAACAUACUCCCAAGGGCCUUAUCUUUUUCACUAUAUUUGUGAAAAUUACAUCAUUUACAUGUGUAUUACAGACGAUGAUUUUCAAAGAUCUAGAGCAUUUUUAUAUCUUAACGAAAUUAAGAGAAGAUUCUUGGCUGUUUAUGCACCAGGUGCUCAAACUGCCGUAGCAUAUGCCAUGAAUACCGAAUUUGGCCAUGUUUUAGCCAAUGAAAUGAAACAUUACAGUGAGUCCAAAGAUCUUGACAGAUUAUCCAAGGUUCACGGUGAACUAGAUGAACUUAAAGAUAUUAUGGUGAAAAAUAUUGACAAUAUAGCAAUGCGUGGUGAACGAUUAGAGCUGCUUGUAAACAAAACGGAAAAUUUAUCUGCCAAUUCUGUUACAUUCAGAAAGACGAGCAGAAAUUUAGCGCGUUCCUUAUUUUGGAAAAAUGUCAAGAUCUACUUUAUUGUUGGCUCAAUUUUGAUCGUUGUAAUAUAUGUGAUUGUGUCUAUAACAUGCGGAGGUUUAGCUUGGCAAAAAUGUGUGGGAAAUUAAUGUAUAUUCAUGGUAAAGUGUUCCAAUCCCGAAUGAAUAAAUGUGGAUUAAAGGAAAAUGUGCGGAAACUUAGAAUGAGACUGACGACGAUAAUUAAUUCACAAAAUUAUAACUUAUAAACAAGCAAAUUUAUUGUUAUAUCUAAGUUUUUCAUAAUAUGAUAAGAACAUAUACCAAUAUGUAUGAAUAUAUAUAAGUGCGCAAUAUUUAUAUCUAUAAUGCUUAUAUAAUCGUUAUUUUACAAGUAAUAUAACACAAUUACUGUUGAUAAGCAAACACAGAAUAUUGCGGCAAUAUUACAACAUUGCAGCAAUGUUGCGGCAAUGUAGUUGCAAUAUUUUGGUUUGCUGGGAAGGUAUAUACACUAAAAUAGAUUUUGAUUUUUUACUGCAGGAUAUGCACAUUAUAUCUUCUACAAAAAUAAAAACAGUAUAGUCAAAUGUUAA